AUGAAGUUUGUGCUCACCUUGCGUCUUGCGCCGAUUUCCAUAAAGAACUUGGCAGCUCGAGCCUUCUGCAAUCCUGCUGAUGUUGAAACAUUUACGGAGGAGAUAAAAGAAUCUCUUUUGACCAAACGUCAUGGAAAAGGUGCUGAUUUUGUUCGUGCAGUACGUGAGAUUGUUGACAGGUGUGAGAAGAAGAAAAAACAAGAACAAGUUAGCAAUGAUAAUUCAAGUGAUGUAAUCUCUGUGCCAAAUGCAAGUAAGUCAGCAGAAUCAUUGAUGGAUUCUAGGUUGAAGGAUGAAGCUUCUGCAGUGAUGGUGAACUCUUGUCCCAAAAUUCCAUACUCUACUAGAGCUAAAAAUAAUCCUAGUUCAACUGAAAGUGCUGCUGCUACAAGACGAAAGGCUGCUCUGCGUGAUGCGGAGAUGCCUUCAGAGGAUCCUACCGGUAAUUUUGGGGCUACAGAAACACCUCUGCCAACAACUUAUUCAUUGUCAAGAAAACUUGAAUUUUUGCAACCGAAGAGCAUUGUCACACAGAAAAGGGCACCAUCUGCUAGAAGGUCCAGAAGUUCAGCAGAGGUGGACCCAUCUAGAUCCCAGAACUCUUUGUUGCCAUCUAGCCAUGGUGGUAGUUGUGCUGGGGAUACAGCUGCAACUGUAUUGCGGGAUGGAUAUGUGAGAAAGAACAAACUCAUCAGGAAACCUUCAAAUGUGGCUGAAGGGCAUGAUUCAGAGUCAGCUGCUUUUGUUUCAAAUGGUAGCAUCGAAGAGAAUGGUUCUGAAAUUGCAUCAGUUGACUCUGACACUCUUAGUUUCAAUGAAGGCAGCACAUUGGAGUCUGCUUGUGAACUUCUGCAACCUGAGUAUGUUGUUGAAUGUCGUGAGGGAGAUGUUGAGUUUAACCAAAGUCUUGACUUCGCUGUUGUGGUUAAGAAGAAAAGAAAGCCAAAUAGAAAACGAGCAAGUAAUGACACCAGUGAGCUUAAUGCUAGACUAGAUAGGGAAGCAGCUAUAGAGAAUAAGGUGUAUAAAACUGAACAAAUUUCGCCACGUGAUCUUGAUGAAUUGAAUUCUAGGCAUUCCAAGGAGGAAGGUGAUGAACACCUGCCAUUAGUUAAACGAGCCAGGGUUCGCAUGGGUAGACCAUCAUCUGCAGGAGAGGAAUUGGAUACCUUAGUACGAGCAGAGGAGAAAUCUUCGGAAGUUCCAAAUUGCAUUUCAGACCAGGGAUGCACGCCCUUGAUUUGUGAGGAAGAUAGCCCUGUUAAAAAUUCAUCUUCUGUGAAGAGAGAUGCAGUUGGUUCAUCACCAUCAAACAAAGGUCCUGUUAAUAAGCCUCAAGCCUGGGAAUUGAAGAAACAUCAACUGUUUAGUUGUUCAGUGGAUGGUGAAGCUGCUUUACCUCCAUCUAAACGCCUUCAUCGUGCCCUAGAAGCAAUGUCAGCUAAUGCUGCUGAAGAUCUUCAAACAUCAUCUGAAGCACCAACGACCAUGAAGACAAUUAAUAAUGGGUGUAGUUUCUCUUCCUUGGGGGACUGCACUAAUAUAUCCAUGGAAGGCAAAGCAGAGACUGAAUUUGGCUCCAGUGCUUCUCAGGAUGCCAGUGGCACCAUGAGAUGUCAGUGGAAUGAUCGGGCAGAUACAGACUCAAAAUCUUUUACAGAAGUGGCAGCUUGCACCACACCCUUCAGUGGUAAUAAUGGUUCAAAGCAUGUGUCUGUGGACUCUGCUGAGGGUAAAGAUCUUAGUGUGUCAUCUUUAGGUACUCGCACUGCUGAAAUUGUUGUGGUCCAAAGUCCAAAAGUGUUGUCACCUAUUCUUGGUGGAAAACAGGCUUGUCUUGAAUGCGAUCACGGUUCAGUGCUUUCAAAUGAUGACUGCAAAACUCAAAAUUCUGAGUUGAGCAAGCCUUGUAAAGAAUUUGAUCCUCUAGAACUUUCCAGGAAGAGUUCAAAUCCUGUUGCAGGAGACGUCAGAAUCCUGAUUGCCUCACCACCGAAUGAUACCAAUCUGCUUCUGCAUACUGCAGAGGGUGAAUGUUGUGAAACUACCAAGUUGUGGAAUCCUCCAUCGGAUAAGAACAUCCAAGAUAAUGAAAAGUCCAAGGUUUUGAAAGGAACAGAACCCAUACUGAAGGAUUCAAGUAACAUUCCAUCCCCAACUCCAGUGAAGGUUAUGAUGUCUGCUGUCCAGGGUCCGCAUUUAUCUCAUUCUACGAUUUUUUCUGAAGAUCAUUUGGGUGACAAGGCUGUCUCAUGUAUUCAGCCAUCUUCAACUCCACGCGAUGGAUUAAACUCUGUUGCAAUGGUAUCUCCACGAAAUACCUUGAUUUACAACAGGUCUACGCCAGAUAAUAGCAAUUCUCUUGAAAAUAAUGGAUGUUAUAGUCCUGAGGUUCCUUUGCACCAUGAGAAACUAAGUCCUGCUGGCAAGUGGAGCAAUAGGGCAGAAGGAAAUUCUGCUCUGGCAUCCUUUGAGGCGAUUCUUGGAACAUUAACAAGGACAAAGGAAAUCAUUGGUCGAGCAACGCGUAUUGCCAUUGACUGUGCAAAAUUUGGUAGUGCUGCCAAGGUGGUGGAAAUUCUUGUGCGACGAUUGGAACGUGAAUCAAGCCUACACAGAAGGGUGGACUUAUUUUUUCUUGUAGAUUCUAUUGCCCAGUGCUCUCGGAGCUUGAAAGGUGAUGUUAGUUGCAUAUAUCCUUCAGCAAUCCAGGCAGUGCUGCCUCGUAUAUUGUUAGCUGCAGCUCCUCCUGGAAGUAGCAGUCAAGAAAACCAUAGGCAGUGUUUGAAGGUCUUGAGGGUUUGGCAGGAGAGGAGGAUUCUUCCAGAAUUCAUUAUUCGCCGCCAUAUUCGAGAGCUUGAUUCUGUCUGUUCUUCAUCUUCCACUGAUGCCUUCUGUCGCCGUCCUUUAAGGACAGAAAGGGCUUUUGAUGAUCCCAUUAGAGAAAUGGAGGGUAUGCUGGUCGAUGAAUAUGGAAGCAAUUCAAGUUUUCAGCUUCCCGGUUUCCAUAUGCCUACUAUGCUGAAGGAUGAUGAUGAAGGAAGGGAUUCUGAUGGAGAGGGGUUUGAGGCCGUUACUCCUGAACAUAAUUCUGAAAUCCCUGAAGAACUAGAAAGUAUCCCCAUGCCUGCAGUUGAAAAGCAUAGACAUAUUCUGGAAGACGUUGAUGGUGAGCUUGAAAUGGAGGACGUGGCUCCCACUUUUGAAGGUGGGAUGAGAUCCAUCAGUGAUGUUACUGGAGUGAAUACUGCACAGAUAGGCCAUCCUACAUUCGAACAACAUUUCCCACCGCCCUUUCCCCCUCCCCUACUGAAGAAUGUUCCACCACCAUUUUGUCCUCCUCUUCCAACAUCCCCUCCACCUCCGCCUCCGCCUCUGCCUCCAACCCCUUCCGUCCCUCUGCCCUUGGCAAUUCUUGAUUCCGUUCGUAAUGGUCUUGAUUCAAAGCUCUGCAUGAAUGGACAGAACAUCAACCAUGAAUUCCAAGAAUCUAUUGCACAACAGUCUUUUGCAACAAGGAUUUACUCAACCAUCUCAGAUGGAGUUCAAUAUCGUGCUCCUGAGGGUAGAGAUCGUCAGUUGCAUAUCCAGAGACAGAUACCUGACUCUGUGGACUCAUGCUCUUUCAGCUGUGCACGUGUUCCUCAUCCCCAAAUUCAAGUGGGAAAUGGUUUUCAGCAGUCAGAUGGAGCUGCUUUAGACAACAAUGCUUUUCAUCUACGGCCACCUCAUCCUGCUCCGUCAAAUCAGUUCUCUUAUUUUCAAACAGAUCAGCAAAGGCCAUUGCAAAGGGAGAUCCCUCUCCCAUCCUAUCCUAACAGAUUCCAUUCUGUGCAGAAUACAGAGGGUAGAAAUUUUUACAGUGAUCAUGACAGAAUGAAAUUGGCUCCACAUGACAUUGGUCCAUGCCAUCCUGACAGUGCCAGAAUGCCAUAUGUGUCACAUCCAUAUGGUGGGCCACCUUGUCAACCAGCAAUGGCAAACCACAGGUGGGUUUUUCCUCCUCAGGCUUUGAACCAUAGAGUACUGAUACCUCAUAGACGACCCUCUGAAGCUCCAAUUCCAGUAGCUACUAGAGGUCUGUGUUCUGUUCUCUUGAUCUUUCCAUUCCAUUCGGAGCACUUUUCCUAUUGUGUGACCGGUUUAGUUCACUCUUGUUUAGCUCUAUUCUAAGAUUGUUAAAUCAUCUGGACUAUCUUUUUUCUGUGGUAGCUCCUGACUUCUGGCGACCAAGAUGAGCCAUCGCCAGGACCUACAGGUACUGUUAUUGUUCUCAUAUUUUCUGGUUGCAAUUGUGCUAUUUUUGAACACUCCCCCCCCCCCCCCCCCCC